AUGUCAGUCGCAACCAUGCUUCAGCCCGCCUCGCGAGGCUCGACUUCGACCAACUCGUCCUUUGAACCCGUCAGUCGCACCAACACCUUCUCGAGCCACGAUGGCGCUCGGUCGCUCCGGCAAAGCAAGCGUGUUAGCAUGACCGCUCUCUAUGCGAGCAUGAGCGCCAAGGACAAAGACCUGGAGAUCAGUGAUGACCUGGCCAGAGCACAACGCGCGUUACGAGAUUUGAAAGUCAAGAUCUCGAAUCAGUCCAAAAAGAAUUUUGUCUUGGAGAAGGAUGUUCGGUAUCUCGAUUCAAGAAUUGCGCUGUUGAUCCAGAAUCGUAUGGCCCUGGAAGAGCAAAAUGAGGUUGCCAGCCACCUGGAUGAGGCCGCCGAACUGCAAGAGGGCUCGUUCCCCAACGAUGACAAGACCCAGAAAUAUGGCAACCUGUGCUUUAUGCUCCAGUCGGAGCCAAGGCACAUUGCACAUCUGUGCCGCCUCGUCACCAUGGCUGAAAUCGAUUCGCUGCUUCAGACCGUCAUGUUCACAAUUUACGGCAACCAAUAUGAGAGCCGAGAAGAGCAUCUGCUGUUGACCAUGUUCCAAUCCGUCCUAACCCACCAAUUCGAGACUACACCAGAAUACUCCUCCUUGCUUCGCCAGAACACUCCUGUCUCACGCAUGAUGACUACCUAUACGAGGCGGGGUCCUGGUCAAAGCUUCUUGAAAGAAGUGCUCGCCGACAAGAUCAACUCCUUGACCGAGCUGAGUGAUGUGGACCUCGAAAUCAACCCGCUAAAGGUCUACGAGGCAAUGGUCAAGCAAAUCGAAGAGGAUACCGGCGUGCUCCCUGAGGACCUGCCCAGAUCGGUGACUGCCGAGUUCGCUGCGGAGAAUGUGCAGGUGCAGGCCAUCAUUACACCACGUCUCAAGAUGCUGACAGAGAUCGCGGAAGGAUUCCUGUCGGCCAUCAUCGAUUGCUUGGAGGAGACUCCUUACGGCAUCCGCUGGAUUUGCAAACAGAUUCGGAAUCUUUCUCGGCGUAAAUACCCAGACGCUCAGGAUCAGGCCAUUUGCACGCUCAUUGGUGGCUUUUUCUUCUUGCGCUUCAUUAACCCAGCCAUUGUGACGCCAAAAUCUUACAUGCUGAUUGAAAGGGUGCCCGACGAGAAACCCAAAAGGACACUGACCUAUAUUGCCAAGAUGCUGCAGAAUCUGGCCAACAAACCGUCCUACGCCAAAGAGCCGUACAUGGCGAAACUGCAACCAUUCAUCCAACGGAACAAGGACAGAUGCAACAAGUUCAUGCUGGACUUGUGCGAGGUGCAGGAUUUCUACGAGAGUCUGGAAAUGGACAACUAUGUCGCCUUGUCUAAGCGGGAUCUUGAGCUUCAGAUCAGUUUGAAUGAAGUAUAUGCGACACACGCACUCCUAGAGAAGCACAGCGCGGAAUUGGCCAAGGAUCCUUCUUCACACCUGGCCGUCUUGCUACAGGAACUCGGCCCUGCACCACCACAGCUGCCACGGAAAGAAAACAGAGCCAUCAACCUUCCUUUGUACAGCAAGUGGGAGACGUCCUUCGACGAUUUGACCCAUGCGCUAGACAUCACUCAGGAGGAAGUCUUCUUCAUGGAGGCAAAGAGUACGUUUGUACAGAUCAUGCGAAGCUUGCCGCAAAAUGCUGCUGUCAUGCGACGGCCGCUGCGCCUUGAUCGUGUUGCAGAGGCAGCUGGGACUCUGAAAAACGACGCAGUCAUGGUUCGAAAGGGUAUCCGGUGCAUGGAGCUUCUGACACAGCUUUCCGAGCUAGGUGCCAUCGAUCGUGCCGACGACUAUGCUGUGCUCAGGGAUGAAGUUGAGCAAGAGCUUGCUCAUCUAGGCUCGAUGAAGGAGAAGGUGCUCGAGGAGACGGGGAAACUCGAGGAUGUCUACAAGACGAUUCGCGACCACAAUGCAUAUCUUCUGUCGCAACUCGACACAUACAAGAACUACUUGCACAACGUUCGCAGUCAGUCCGAGGGGACAAGAAGAGGCAAGGCAGAAAAGGUGCGAGAGCUUGGUCCCUACAAGUUCACGCACGCACAGCUGGAGAAGGAUGGCGUGAUUACGAGGAGCAAUGUGCCCGAGAACAGGAGAGGUAAUAUCUUCUUCAUGUUUCGGAGCCCGCUCGCAGGUACUUUUGUCAUCAGCCUGCACUACAAGGGACGUGCUCGUGGCCUUCUCGAGUUGGACUUGAAGCUCGAUGAUCUGCUCGAGAUGCAGAAAGAUGGUCAGGACGACCUCGACCUGGAAUACGUGCAGUUCGACGUCUCGAAGGUUCUUACCCUGCUCAACAAACGAUUUGCCAGGAAGAAGUGA